CGAACGCGUCCUCCACGUCGGGCUGCUGCUGCUGCAGCAGCAGCAGCGCACACCCGGCGACACUCCGAGGAGGAGGCCCCCGCGCCCCCCCCUCUGGGGCUGAGGGCCCCCCCUCUGGGCUCCCGUGUGGUGUCACGGCUUCCUGGCGUCAAAUACUGCCACUCACGGAACGCCUGGAUCGCGCGCUGGUCCGAAGAGGGCCAAGAGAGGUGGAAGACUUUUUCAAUCAAAGCAUGCAAGGGAUUUUCCGAGGCUCGUAUGCAAGCCGUGCAGUUCCGAUGGGAGAAAGUUCGCAUGAAAUACGCAAAACUCAUGAAGCAGGCAACCCCCCAGCCCGGCCUAAUUGGCACUGCCCCAGCCGAAGGCCCAGUGGAGGCCCUUGAGAUGGACGCGGAGGCGGCAGAGCUCGCAGCAGCGCUGCAAAUGUACGGGAAAGGCUCGCAUGUCAGAGUGCCAAGAGGGAAAGCUGGCGCGGCUGCUGCUGCACAGAGAACUCGCAGCAGCAGCCCCAGUUCGACUACCAAGGGGGCCCCAGCAGCAGCAGCGGCAGCAGACCCCAGUGCGCGACAGGGCCCAAGAACCAAACGCCAGGGUGGUGUGCAGGGGGUUUCCAAGACGCUUGUCGAAGAUGCCACUCGUGGAAUGGAGCUAAGAGGCUCGCCGUCGAAGAAGCUGUGCUCAACUCCAUCGCAGCGGCAACAGCAGCAACAGCAGCAGCAGCAGCUUGUUGACUCCCAUCAGCAGCUAACUGCUUCUCAGUGGGCGCUGCUCCAGCAGCACUUACAGCUGCCAACUUCCCACAGUGCCAGUACCAGCAAGACUGCGAGUCCUGUGUGGGCUGAGAGCGAGCAAGGGCCUCCUCCCGCCUGUUCCCCUGCUCUUUCCCCAGCCGGUCCCCCACCUCAAAAAGCUGCCCUUCUCACACGCCGCGAGCUCGAGGAGGCCCUCAUUAAGUCAGAACCAGAGAAAGGGAUUUCCGGCGAGCAUUCACUUUCAGAGUUGGACCUGAAAAUGCAGCUGUUGCUGCAGGUGGCCAUGCGGUUGCAGCAGCAGAGCACGGAGCAGCAGGAUUCGGCCCUCAUGAUGCAAACCUUCAAGGCCCUCGUGCAGUACCGGCAGGAGCGACAAGAAGAAGUCACCACGGGGCCCUUGUUGCACACGGCACAGCAACAACAACAGCAACAGGGAAAGGAUCGUGGUGGCACCACCGACCUCGAGAGUGGCCUUUUGCGCCUUGUGGCGAAUUCGGCGGGCCGCUUGGGGGGCGCCCGUGGGGGGGCCGUACGGGGGUCAGAACUGAGAGCGCUUUCUGGCUCAAAAGAGGGGGCCUCCUCUCAUGACAUCGCAUCUGUUCUGGGGAUGAGGGAAGUGUCUCCUUUGUCUGCCAAGCAGUCCUGGGGAGAGGCGCCCGCAGAUCAGGGCUUUGUGGAGGGUUUGAAUACCUUGACGCGCUUCCUCGCCGACGAGAACCGGUCCUUGUCAACAGCAGCAGCAGAUGCAGCUGCUCGUGGGGGGGGCGUUAUCGGACUGACGAAUUGGGUAACAAGCCCUCUGACACAGUCCACGCGCUCUGGUGGGGAGUCUUGCAAUGGGACGCCUGGGGGCCCUGUUUUCGGUGCUGAGAGAGAAUCCUUCGAGGGCCCCCUGGCGGAAGACGGCGUAGAUCUCCAGCCAUGGCGCCGCGCAGUGUGUGUGAUUUUAGAGGACGUGCUGGAGAACUGCAUUUUGGAAGUGGGAUCCCAGCCUCGGGAAGGCGGUUCUAUGAGCCUGGAGCGCCUGCAGUUUGCGCCGAUGGUCGGUCGACUGAAAGCCCUGGCUGCCCGCAGCUGCAGCAAAGCGGAGCUGCGGCCCUUCCUUCGCUUAUUUUCUCGCAGUAUUCGGCUGGGCCUGGUUCCCAGCAAGCAAUCCGAAGACGUUCAGCAGCUCAUUCUUGAUGCUCUCGGAGCCCUCGAUGAUGCCCUUGCCGCCUCGCGGGCCCCCCCACCGCUCGCACUGGCGACGCGUGGGCAUCUGGACUCUGUGGAUACUCCUUCUCCGUUCACGCUGCUCCCUGCGGGGAGCGGGUUUAGCUAA